AUGAGCCAGGCUGCCAACUUUGAGAGAGAGGCAGGCCCAAUCUUGAAGCCCAUUCGAGUUGCCGUCAUUGGCGCUGGUGCUUCUGGUCUGGUCACUGCCAAGUACCUCCGUCAGGCCAGACAGUACUUCGGCGUACCUGAUGUUGAGGUCCGGGUCUUUGAGAGGGAAGACGGGGUGGGUGGUGUUUACAAGUAUAAGGUCUACGAGGAAGCCGAGAUGGUAUCUUCGAAAUACCUUACAGCAUUCUCCGACUUUCGUGUUGCCGAAGACCUGCCCGACUUUUUGCCAGUUGAAGAGUACGUGCGCUACCUCGAGGGCUUCUGCACCAAAUUUGACCUGUGGGAUGUCAUCGAGACGAAGACUGAUAUUCGUCGAGUUUCUCAUACUGGUGUUGGCCAUCGCAUCUUCUUUCACCGCCUUGGAGGUGGAAAGGCUGCGGACGGCCGGACCGGAGAAACGCUGGAGAACACCUGGGAGUGUGAUGCCAUCGCCGUCUGCUCCGGUCUCAAUAAUGUACCAUCAAUCCCGUCUAUCGAGGGACUUGAUAAUGUACGGCUAUUGCACUCCUCCGAAGUCAAGGAGAGGCGGCAAUUUGGGUCGGAUACGUCUGUGAUGAUCCUGGGUGCCGGAGAAACAGGGAUGGACCUUGCCCAUCUGGCCGUGACUUCAAAAGCCCGUGAAGUGGUACUGUGCCACAAGGAUGGUUUCUUUUGCGCAAAGAAGGUUGUUCCUUUACCAGUUGUCAUGCAGACAUGGAAGCCAGAUCCUCACCAAAAGCCAGUUGACACUGCUAUUGCCAGUUUUCUAGACACUGCGUAUCUUCCAGAGUGUCUCCAACACUCCAGCCUGCCCUGGAACGUAUACGACAAGACUUUCAAGGGCCUUCAUUAUCUCUCCGGAGGGACAACUGCAGGCCCAGAUCAAUGGGUUGGAGAGAUUGAGGGCAACCGCAAUAAUGUUGAUUCACUGUUUCUGGUCAAGUCAGAUCGUGCCUUACCAUAUCUCAACGAAGGACACCGAGCUCGGGAUCUAUUCUCUCGUAUCAGAGCUUAUGUGAUGAAUAUUGAGUUGAAACCAACAGGAGGCAAAAAGAUACUGACGGCACCUUGGCCAUCAGCCUUCCGAGAAGAUGGGACGGUCGUUUUCCCACACAGCAAGAAGCGUGAGCACCUCCAGGCACUGUCUCAUGUCAACAAGCCCAACGUGGUCGUUGCUGCAACGGGAUACGUGCGUCGGUUCGAGUUCCUAGACGACGACUACCCUCAACCUCAUGAGCUUGAUGUCCGCGGUAUCUGGAGGCGUUGUGAUGUGACUGCGGGCUUCAUCGGCUUUGUGCGCCCCGGCAUCGGUGCUAUUCCGCCUCUUGCCGAGUUACAAGCCCAACUAUGGGUUCUUAGCCUCCUCCGCCACAAAUACCCUCAGCAGAUGACCAUGCACGACUCGUAUUCCAGCCAAAGAGCAUCCACUGACGCUGUUGCUCACUACGAGGUCGACUAUGCCCUCAAGGCUCGAGGCGGCCAUGAUGUUUUCAAGAGUAAGCACGGGGUUGAGCAGGAGUCUUAUGCGUAUCAGCUUGCCCUCGACAUAGGUAGCGCGCCGACCUUGUCUUUCAUGUGGCGUCAGGGUUUCAAAGCGCUAUUCACGUGGGUAAUGGGACCCAAUUUCAACACCAAAUUUCGGCUAGUUGGUCCAUGGAGAUGGAAGUCGGGCGCUCUUCCCAUCUUGCGCGGCGAGCUGUUCGAUGUUGUCAAGCAAACGGGUGGCGGUGUCUUCUUCACGACCUACACCCUCCUUCCUCUCUUACUGUUUGGCUCUCUCACCCUCCUUCUCCAUGCAACGGCAGGCAUCUUACGAUUGAUUGGAAUGAAGAGCAAGGCCGACAGAGUGCUCGGCUCAGGCAACAUUCCCCGUCGUGAGGGGGAUGACUUCUAA